AUGUCGCAGCCGAUAUCGCUAACAUCUUGGCCGGCGGGCAUUUCCGGGAUCCGCCUGCAUCCGACGGAUUUAUCCCGUAACGAGCUCGCGGAAGAGGCAAAAGGGUGGUUGCUAUUCGUACGGGAAGAAUCCCAGCCAACCUCAACCCCCGGAGAUGGGUUACGUCAACGGCGAGCCCUCGUCGAGAAAUGGGCCACCGUCAGUCAGGAAUUCCGCGAGUCCUACCAUAGUCGUGCCCCAGCAUACAACUCAGCUCUCGACUACCCGGCCUCGGUGCUCUCACAGCUAGCCCCAUGCCCGGACAAGCGCUUCCUGUGUCUGGCACCCGUCGACCGGCAGGCCCAUCCCCGCAACUAUAUCCACCUCGUGAAGUUCCUGAUCCUGUUAUACGUCCACCAGGACUAUUGGCAGGGGACGCAUCCCUUUGACAUAGGGGGUGCUGGCGACGCCCCCCGCUGCCACAUUCCGGAGCUGCUAGACCUCGCCGAGCCUACCGCGCUUAGCGAGAUCCUCCCUGCGCUGUAUCUUAACAGAGCAGAUUUCCACGCCCUCUCGAUGACUCGGUGUGGCACGGUGGUGUUCGCCGACGGGCCGGACUACACGUGGUACGUGAUCGAUGCACCGGGGCUAGCUACAGGGCGGAUAACCAUCGUAGAGUUUGGCUCCAACGGACACGUCCGCGAGUCGAUCCUCCGUCGACCUUGGAAUAUGGGCCAGGUGAUCUCCUUCGGCCAGAUUCUGGGUCGUCGAGUCGUGGACUUAGCUGAGUCGUCGAUUGGAGGUCCGCCACGGAUCAAUGAACCCUUGGACAUGGACCGUCCUAUUCUCGAGCUCUUAGAGUCAACCCGACAAAGCAACAAGUUCAUGGACGAGGGCUACGGACAUCCGGACCUGUGGGUGCACAUUAUCGAGCGGAGUGCACCCGGAUAUCUGGAGCUGGAGGCCCAAGGGCGGGAGGUGGAAUUCGAGCUUGAUAAUCUGCUGGAGGUUAGAUAA